CAAGCAGUCGUAGAGUACAUAUCACGGUUCACUGGGACUUAUUUGAGCUGCCACUUCGCACAGUCAAGGUGUGGUUGUAGAGGAAGCUGGAUUUAGGAAGACUCCAGACAUGGGAGAGGAGAGGAUGGGGGACUGUUGGAGCUACACCAAGGAUCAGUUUGACAACUUGGAGAAGCAUACACAGUGGGGGAUCGAGUAUUUGGAGAAGUACACCAAAUUUGUCAAGGAGAGAUCAGAGAUUGAAACCAGCUAUGCAAAACAAAUUAGGAAUUUAUCAAAGAAGUAUCAACCUAAGAAGAACUCACGAGAAGAGGAAGAGAGCAAGUACACCUUCUGUCGAGCCUUCCUGACGACACUCAACGAGCUAAAUGACUACGCGGGUCAGCACGAAGUCAUAGCCGAGAACUUGACAUCUCAAAUCAUCAGCGAGCUUUCGCGCUACUUAGCGGAGCUCAAGGCCGAGAGAAAAUCGCAUUUCCAUGAUGGGCGUAAGGCACAGCAGCAUGUUGAGAGCUCAUGGAAACAGCUGGAAUCGAGUAAAAGAAGGUUUGAGAGGGACUGCAAAGAGGCAGACAGAGCGCAGCAAUACUUUGAGAAGAUGGAUGCUGACAUCAACGUGACUAAGGCUGACGUGGAAAAGCGAAGUUCCCACAAGGCACGACAGCAAGCUCAGAUGAGGCACCAGAUGGCGGCUGACAGUAAGAGCGAUUACUCCACCUACCUGCAAAAGUUCAACCAGGAGCAGAAUGAACAUUACUUCACUGUUAUCCCCAACAUAUUUCAGAAACUUCAAGAAAUGGAGGAGAAAAGAAUCGAGAGGAUAGGAGUGUGCAUGAAGACGUUUGCAGACGUGGACCGCCAAGUGCUGCCAAUCGUGGGGAAAUGUUUAGACGGCAUGACGAAAGCAGCUGAGUCCAUCGAGCCCAAGACUGACUCGCAGCAGGUAGUGGAGUCCUAUAAGUCCGGGUUCGAGCCGCCCGGUGAUGUGGAGUUCGAGGACUACGGCCAGGCUAUGAAGAGGACGGCGUCUGAGACCAGCCUGUCCAGAGAGACAAAGGAGAAGCCUGUCAGCAAGAGCAAGGGCAAACUGUGGCCUUUCAUUAAGAACAAGAACAAGCUUAUGUCCUUGUUAACGUCCCCCCACCAGCCCCCACCUGCCCCCCCAGCCACAUCCCCGCCCUCACCCUCUGCUGUUCCCAACGACUCCCAAUCUCCCAAGCAGCAAAAGGAGCCCCUCUCCCACCGCCUCAACGACUUCAUGGCCUCCAAACCCAAAAUGCACUGCCUCCGGAGCCUGAGGCGAGGGCAGCAAUCCCCGUGCUCGCUCAUUAAUAACAAAGAGCUAAUGAAGAGGACUCUGGGUCGACCUACAUAUGCUUUCGAAGCAAGGCAAUAUGUUCUUUCUCUCAAGCUGGGCUCUGGACCCGAGGACUUCAGCCACCUGCCACCAGAGCAGAGGAGGAAGAAGCUGCAGGGCAAGCUGGAUGACCUGAAUAAGGACAUUCAGAAAGAAAUGGACCAGAGGGAUGCUCUGACUAAAAUGAAAGAUGUGUACGUGAAGAACCCUCAGAUGGGAGACCCGGCCAGCGUCGACCCCCGGCUAUCAGAAAUAGGCCAGAACAUAGAGAAGCUCCAGUUUGAAGUUCAGAAGUUUGAGGGCUGGUUAGCAGAGGUGGAGGAACGGAUGCCAUCCAAGAGCGAUACACACCGGAGAAGUGGACUCUAUGAGACCCAGAACAACACAACAGUGAGCAACAACUGUGCGCAGGACAGAGAGAGGCCCUUGAGCAGCCCAGAUGGCAGCUACACAGAGGAGCAGAACUCAGAGACUCAGGUGAAAGCCAACAUCAACCCCGUACCCAACACCAACCCCGUCCCCACGUCCACCACGCCAGAGUUCGAUGACGAGUUUGACGACGAGGAGACCCUGCCCACCAUCGGCACCUGCAAAGCCUUGUACCCAUUCGAAGGUCAUAACGAAGGCACCAUCGCAGUGGCAGAGGGCGAGCUGUUGUACGUCAUAGAAGAAGAUAAAGGAGACGGCUGGACACGAGUGCGCAGGAACGAGGAGGAGGAGGGAUACGUCCCCACAUCCUACGUGGAGGUCUUUUUGGAAACAAAUGCCAAAGAUUCCUAAAAGUGUGAGAGGCUGGCUGAGGAAUGGCAGGGCAAGCAGCCUCGGAGAAAACACCCGACCAUGUUCCUCCCGCGCUCACAGAGUCAGAGAAAGAAAGUGAAAGAUGACCCCAAUCUAAAAGAGGAAGAUUCGCAACUCAAUUUGACAAAAACAAACGGGAAAAAACAAACAAAAAAAAAACGUAUUGAGAGUGUUGCUCUUCGUGUGCAGAAACACUGUGAUUUCAAGACACAAUAAGAGAUAUCCAUCUAAAUUUAGUGCUCCUAACCUUCUCCAUUCUUAACACCCAUACAGCAGUCACAACCACAGUAUUCAAUUUGCUUCUUUUGUUGUUGUCAGCAAAGCUUUUGCUUCUAAAUGGAACUAACUCAGCUUGCACCGCUCGGUUUCUGAAUGUGGCUGUUGGCUUCUUAUAUCUGAACGCGCCCCUUUUGCUUCCCUUACAUUAUUGCCCCCCCCUUGAAGACACUCUUGCACACACAUAAACAUUCUCACAUGGCAGAGGGUGUGGUCAGAGACGGGACAGGUACCAGCAGGAGUCAAAAAUUCCACCUAAAAACACCUUUCAUGCAGUGGUGUGUGUGUGUGUGAGAGACAUGAACUUCUCAGAAUCACCCUGGGCUCCUCUGCCUACAUCUGGAGCUUUAAGAAUCUCACCUGGUCACCACUCCCACUAAAAUCCAUUUUUGCAGGUUAAACCAUCUGGAAAUCAAGAAGUGAAGGUGCUAAUCAUCUGUCUGUAUGCUACAUGAUUCUGUUUUAUGUUGUGUGUUUGUUUCUUAUCUGGAUGCUUGUAUGUCUGUCUUCUUUGUAACGGCCCAUUUUCUCCAGCUGAGAGGAGAAGAGAUGAAUGAUGCAUUAUUCGCUAUCACUCAUCCUAUAAUUUCUUGUCUUGUUGUCACUGGUGUCUGUUCCUCUCUCUGACCUUCACCCCCACGGUCCUCCCCCUCCUUAGGCAGCUCAGGCUCUGCUUUAGCUCAGGGCAGGGGGGAGCCUCCCAGCGUUGCGGUGUGCUGCAUGCUUGCCCUGUCUUCCUCCUCUGCCCCUCCUCUCUGCUAACAACACAGAGGAGGUGUUGUUGGGGGUGGUGUUUGGUCAGCUUCGUCCAGCCUUUCUGUUCAGUUAACCCUCAUUGCCUGGUCUCACUGUUUGGAUUAACCUGAAUGUUACCGUUUGGGUUCAGUGCCUGUUGUUCAUUUUUUUCUUUUUCUUUUUUUUUUGUCUUAGAAAGCAUGUUUUCCUGUUUUUAACAGUGAGUGAGUGAUCUCCUCCUCCCAGUGUUCCCCAGUUAAAUCUGUAAACUGUAUGAAAAGGAGAAUAGGGACCGGAAAUGUUGUUUUCUGAAUGAUUUGUUUGCAUAGGUAGGUCUUGUGCGUUUGUUUUACUGUUAAAUACACAGUACAGUAUGUAUUUAAAAAAUGUUAGUAUUGUAUGUUUUUUCAUCAGAGUGUCUAAUGCAAGUAUUUGUUAGUUUACAGUUUAUCACCCUGUGGAAACACCUACACUCAUUUCAAGCAGCAACAGUUUGACAAAAAAAAAAAAAUUUCCAUCACAUUCAUAUGUGAGCUAUUUUACUCUGACAAGACUCUCAGGGUGGGAAGCUCAGAUGCAGUGGAAAUGUUGUAUACUGGCCGUGUGGUAGGCUUGCAAAAGGUUUAAAAAAUAAGGGAUAAGAAAAAAAAAAUUCCAAUCCCAGCUGACUGAUUAAAAACCAUCUGAAAAUAUUAAAUAUCUUGUCCAAAUUUCCAAGGAUAUUGAGUAUUAUAACAAGUUAAAGCAACAUAUUUUACAAGUCAUUAGCUAGAUCUCUUACAUUACAAUUCAGCCACUCCCUAGCUAACAUAACUGUUUUUGCUAAGAAUUUGUGACAUGCUAACUUGUGACUACCGUUGUGACUUUGCAGUUAAAGCUCUUCCAAAAAUGUUUUAGCUUGAACUAUGGCUCAAAUAAUGAAUGCUAAUGUUAGCUACUGUGUCUUAGCUUUUUGGUACCCAAUGAGUCAUCAGCUAUACAUUUCGAAAAUGUAACAUGAUGUCACAAAAAGGCUUUAAUUCCUGCCUGAGCGUUAUGCUAGCUAGCAAAUGGUAAUAUUUGCUAGGAAAAGAAUGAAUGCUUAUUACAGCCACUGUGACUUAGUGUUUGGUAUCUAAUUCAUCAGCUAGUGUUAGCAUUCAAGCACGUUCUAGCUAACAUUACACGUCAAGUUACUUGCUAAAAUUCCUGGCUGAAGGUAACGCUUUAGCGAAUGGUUAUGUUAGCUGCAGUUAUUCAGUCAGCAGAUGUGUUGUUUAGCUUGAAAUGUGGCCCUUAUAUUCAGCAUUUUCCGAUGUAAGUACAAGAUUGCAAUUUAACCACUUACCAUAUGAUAAUGUUACACAUUCUUAGGAAUGGUGUGAAUUCCUAGCCGAUAAUAGUGCUACCUAGCUAAACACAAUGUAAGAUAAGAAUUGGUGGAAAGCUAACAUUUGCUGCUGAGGCUUAGUUGUAGGUACCAAAUGACACAUCAAAUAUGUUGUUUUAACUUUAAACUUACUUUUUUUUUCUCGAUUUCCUUUUUUUCAACUGUUGAACAAUCAUUAAUCUAAUUUGCAUUAUACCUGGACUAAAGCAGUACAACUUUACAAGCAAUGUAAACUUCCCGUCCCUGAGCAUGACAUCAAGGAAAAUGCUCUGUGAGUCUGGUGGAUGAAGAUAUGAUAUUACACCUGAUGUUUUUGGGAUUGUCCACUUUUAACUGUCUACUGCUACUGUAUAUGGAAAUAUACUGUGAUCCACAUUUUACCUGUGAGUUUGUGACUGAAAUGUGACCCUGAACCACCUUUAGUGGGCCUUAACUGGGUUCUCAAAGACACGGAAUGAUGCUGGUGCAUGGACUAAGAUGUGAUUAUCUCAGAAUUUGGGAGCAAAUUUGAGUUUUUCUAAUCAAGAAACUGAAGAUAGAAAUGAUGUCCACUGAUCCCCUUUACCUGCUCAAUGGCACAUAACGAACGUGAUUUUUAACAUCUUUGUUUUAUAUUUGAUGAUGAUAAGUUGGCUUUCGGCUUUCUUUGCUUUUUAUUUCUUUGGUUUUUUUUUUAAAGCUGGAAAUCUGUGUUGUAGCUUAUUCUGCUUGAACUGCAAAUAUGAGUAACCAUGACAUCUUUUGGAUGAAGCCAUUUUUAAAUAUUCAUCUGUUGCAACAUAUUAUGAACAUUAGUGUUACAUGAACGUAUUGACCACUUGGACUCUUGGUGAAAGGAAUGAUAAAACCACUGUUGAUUUACGCUCACACAUUCUGUUUGAUUUUCACCACCCAUCACUCAAUAUGAAAAGAUAUCAAACAAAAUGCUUACUUUGGUUUUCAAUAAACAUAAACAUGAUGAGGCACAGACCACAACUCUAAAGGCAGCAGUAGACUUGAUAAUAGAACUGACUUGCCAGUUUUUCGAGACCACCACAAAUCUCUUCGUCAAAGCCCCGAUUAACCUGCCUGUACAGAGGAAAACGGCACGUUGGAAUUAGAAAGAGUAUAUAUGAAUAUAUAAAUAAAGUCUAAAAAGGAAAAACAUCUAUUUUAACUAUUGAGAGUCUUCAAAUUACUUUAUCUGCUUUGCAAAGUAAGACUUUUUUUCCUUUGUAAAGGUCUACCAAAUGGUGUGUUUUUGCACUUUUUGUUUGUGUUCCAUUUGGUAGCCUAUGCUUGUGUUUCUGGAGCACUGAAUACUUUGUAUUGUGUUUACUGUGCCAAUUAAAUAUGCCUGAAAGUUAA